CUGAGGAACGUUGUCCAAAGUGUACACAUCCACGUGCAUAUUUCAUGCAAAUUCAGACAAGAUCAGCGGACGAGCCUAUGACAACAUUUUAUAAAUGUUGCAACCCACAGUGCGGUCACAAUUGGCGAGAGUAAAUGCUACUAUUUGGAAUAUUGGAGGAAUAAGAUAUAUUAUGGAAGUUAAUUAUCAACCACCACUCAAAGUAACGCUAAAUCAAGUAAGCUGUCUGAUGAAUAGAAUGAGUCCAAAUGCUAAACACUGGUUCAUAGGGGGUGAACGUUGUCUCGCAGUUGGGGUUAAAUUGAUUAAAGAGAAUAAUAUAAUAGCCAUUCCGACAGAUACAAUUUAUGGUUUAGCAACGCUUGCUCAAAACACUCAGACUGUUGAAAAGUUGUAUGAAUUGAAGGGUCGAAAUAAAAAUAAGCCCCUGGCUAUUGCUCUCAGUAGCAUAAAAGAUAUUCCACGUUGGGCUGAGACUGAUCAUCUUCCUCCAAAUUUAUUAAUGGCUAUUUUACCUGGACCAGUUACUGUCGUUCUAAAGCGAAAACCUCUAUUGAAUCCAGCCCUGAAUCCUGGUAUCGAUACAAUUGGCAUUAGAGUCAGUGAGAGUAAAUUUCUCAGAAGCCUAUGCAGAAUUAUCAAUGAACCUUUGGCACUCACCAGUGCCAAUUCCAGUGAUCAACCAAGUUCUCUAACUCCUGAUGAGUUCCAACAUCUCUGGCCGCAAUUGGGGGGAAUUUUUUACACAAUCACUGAUAAAAAAAAAUUAGAUGAGUCGUACAGAGUUGGAUCGACUGUUGUUGAUUUGACAGUACCAAAUGAAUUUUAUAUUAUUCGCAGAGGAAUAUUACUCGAUCGAGUUUUCAAAAUAAUGUACAGAUAUGGCUUAACGAAACGAGACAGGCCCGAUGAAAAAAAUGGGACAAGUGUAAAUGGUGCCAUACAACAACAACAACAACAACAACAACUACAAUGAUAUGUCAUUAAAAAUAAAAUUUCAUUCAAAACAAG